GUUGGAAGCAGAUCUUUACGCAACACGACACGGACAGGAGCGGUUUGAUCGAUACAAAAGAACUCACUAUGUGUGUGCAGCAGAUAGGCUACCGAGUAUCUCCACAAGUGAUUGAUGCAAUUGCCCUGAGGUACUCAUCAAACUCAAGCAAACAGAUCCCAUUCGAUGACUUUGUGGCGGCGAUAGUGCGCAUGCGGGCGUUGACGGAUUCGUUCAUGGCACUGGAUACGCAGCGGUCGGGUGUAGUACAAAUGGAGUACGACCAGUUCCUACACUUGUGCUAUCAAUUUUAA